AUGGAGGGUUCCUCAGCCAUGACAAGGCCGCUGUCCUCGAACACCAGUACCACCCUGUGCCCCAUCGGUUUCUCCAACUUCUCCCAUCAAGAGUUCCCCUACCUGAGUCGCCUGGCACACCUGGACAAGGGACUAUACAAUGACUUCUACAGCCUUUGGAUUGCACUGGUGGUCAUCAACACUCUUAUCUUCACCGUCGGGAUGGCCCUCAACACGCUGGCACUGUACGUCUUCUGUUUCCGCACCAAGCCAAAGACCACCUCGGUCAUCUACACCAUCAACCUGGUGAUCACCGACCUCCUGGUCAAUCUCUCCUUGCCCACGCGGAUCAUCCUCUACUACAGCGGCGGGAGGUGCGAGAGUUGCUCCUACGUGCACAUCUUCAGCUACUUCGUCAACAUGUACUGCAGCAUCCUCUUCCUCACCAGUAUCUGCGUGGACCGCUACUUGGCCAUAGUGCAGGUGGAGGCCUCCAGGAAGUGGCGCAGCCCCAACGUGGCCAAGAUGGCGUGCAUGUGCAUCUGGCUGCUCGCCGUGGUGGUUACUUACUCGUUCCUGACCUGCUGCCUGACGUGCCUCUUGGCGUUGACGCUGUUCGAGUUCUUCAUCCCGCUGGUGAUCAUCGUAGUGUUCACGGCACGCAUUGUGCGUGCCCUGGCCAGCCCCGACCUGAUGCAGCAGAGCCGUGAGCGACGGCGCCGGGCGGUGCAGCUGCUGACCAGCGUGCUGGUCAUCUUCACCAUCUGCUUCACGCCUUUCCACGUGCGGCAGGUGCUGGUCUACUUCCAUCCAGAGCUGCCUCACCACGUAGUGGCGUACCACAUCACAGUGACCCUCAGCAGCCUCAACAGCUGCCUGGACCCCGUGGUCUACUGCUUCGUCACCAACAACUUCCAGGCCACCAUGAGGAGCUUCUUCCAGAAGGUCGAGGCCGCCGAGCAGCAGCAGCAGACCAGCGGAGAUGUCACCAGCAUGCAGAAGAGCUCCAAAGGGUCCGCCGGGACCCCGUCGGCCAUCUCCAACGGCAUGAUGCUGAUGAAUUUGGAAACACCACAGGAAGAGGAGGCUGCUGUAUAA